UUCGCGAGUCUAAGAGGAGGACGACACAUCCGUCGACGUCGACGCGCUUCGGCUGGCCCGUUGAUAUUUUAUUUUUUUUUUCAUUCUCCUUUUAUUGUUUUUGCGCGCGCGCGUUCGAUCGAUUCGCGCGGUUUGUCGCCAGUGAAAGAAUCUGUGCCAGAAUCCGUGUUUCAUCUGUGUGUGUGCGGGGGGCCUGUCCCCACGAUUCGUUAAUCAAAGCGGCGAUUCGAAAAGCUUCGAAACGACAUCAUCUAAUUCGUCAACCCGAAAGCCAAUCACGUUCCGGGACUACGGCGGCGGACUAUGAAUAAUAGUCAAUCGAAUACACCGAUCAGUGUCGAUUUGAAGAAUCGCGACGCAAUGCGAACGACAACCCUGCCGCCGGAGGUCGAAGGAAGGGAUUACUUCGCGCUGGCCCGCGGAAGAACGCCUCACCUUCGUCGGCAAAGCAUGUCGCUGACCGCGGUGAUCAACCACAGAAGAGGGCUGCUCGGAGCGUUGAUUUCAGGUAUAGGCAGCAACAUGUCGCUGCCAUCUUGCAUGCCGCAGGACCACGAAUUUCUGGCCGGCCAGCAGCAGCCGCCGGGCUCGAGAACGAUCGCGCUGAACAACCAGAGCCAUCUGGAGAAGAACGACGUCGAUCCGCAGAGACAGCGGCCGAACUUUUUGCCAUUGUCGCCGAUGAACGCUAACGCGUGCGUGCCGUUGAACGUUCUCGACGUCGGCAGAGGUAAACGUCCGAUUUAUUUCGGCAACGAGCAGCCGCCCGAGUUUCCUGGAACGCAACGGCAGCUUCCGUCGACGGCUAAGCAACAGCAGAUCGUGGACCUGCAACGAACGAUACCGAUGGGCAAGAGGAAAUGCCACUCGGAAAUGGUGUCGAUCACGAGCACUCUUUACGCGAAACUGCUGAUUGUUAUCGGUGUCGCGGUGCCGGUCACGGCCAGCGUGACCGAAAUGGUGCCGCCGUAUAUGAAUCAGGGAUUCUAUCUGUAUCUGUAUUUGGUCAGCGUCGCUUUCGUGGUCGCGAUGUACGUCAUCGUGUUGAGGGACAAAGCCGUGAGGAAUCUGACGCAGAAGAACGCGAAGAAACAGCAUACGUACACGUUCGACGAGAACGGAGAUCGCGAGAAUCUUGGACAGAUGCAACAGUACGGCAGCUUUUGUCUGAGGCUCGGCGCAGUGGGAUUUGGCGCCGGCUCGCUGGUAUUUACGGGAUUGCAAAUUGGGGCGGAAAUAGCUUCCGGCCCGUUCAGGGCGAUUACACCAGGAGCGAGGCUGCUGCUGGUCACGGCUCAGAUGCACUUCAUAUUUCUGAACAGCAAGAGCCUUAAGCUCUCGAAGCACACCGCCCUCGCGAAACUGGGCCUGAUGCACAUGAUCGCUACCAACCUCUGCGAGUGGCUACAGGCGCUCGUCGAGGAAACGCAGCACGAAAUCAAGCAGCUGGGCCACACGCACAACAACGAGGCCGGGAUCCUGGAGUCUUUGCUGCGGGACGCGAGCCCGUUCCUUUUCCCGUGCACGAUCGAAUUCAGUUUAAUUUGCGCGGUGAUACUGUUCGAGAUGUGGAAGAGGGUGGACGAAACGGUCGACGCGAAGGGCGAGAGCUCGACGCGAUCUUCGUACCACCUUAGCAUAGAUUGCAGCAGCUCUCACAGGGGCCUGUUCGGCGGGAUCCUGGUCGUCGCCGCCACGAUAUUAAGCCUGAUUAUGUUCUUCGUUCUGAAGGAGGCGAAAAUGAAAAUAGCGGUGGUGCAGGUCACCGCGCUGGACGCGACUAUAUUAGCGUUAGGCAUGCUCGCUUCGGUCGCCGGAACUUUGAAGCUGCAGGCGCUCCAGCAAAAAAUAAUCAAACCGUCGGAGCUGGACACGACGCUAUUGGCGGCGGCUCAGGCGGGCGUCUAUCUGCACUGCCUUUUCGGCGUGGUCGGUGAUAUAUUAACGAUGGGCCCGACUUGGGUGCUCUCGUUGAUCACGGAUUUAUUGGCGUUGAUGCAGAGCACCAGCCAAACUUUGCUCAUUAAAAUCGCGUGGGGAAGACGGUGCUCGAGGAACGACAAGCCCGGCAAGGAGCUGAUCACAUUCCUGAUCGUCGUCAACAUAGCCCUGUGGACGGUGAACACCUUGGAGAAGUCGCGGGCCGGCGUACGGCCCGAUCACCUGCAGUUCUUCGGCGUCUGGGCAUGGACGAUCAUCACGCACGUCUCGAUGCCGCUCGCGAUAUUCUAUCGUUUCCACUCGGCGAUCUGUCUGUUCGAGAUAUGGAAGACCUGCUACAAGUGCCGUGUGUCGAGCAGCGCCGCACAGACCCCUUACUGAUCGACGUUGCCGCGCGCGCGGUCCGGUCCGGUCCGAUUCGAUUCGAUUCCCCGUAACUCGCUCUAUUGAACAGUUGAACCAGUGUCUUUUAACAGCCGUGUUGCUGCGUCGCGCGGGAGGGGAGGGGACUCGAUGGCAAAACUUGAACAGGCGCGGCCAAACUGCAUUAGCGUUCCGGCCAUCCCUUUAAUUACCGAGCUAUUAAAACGGCGGGGAAAGGGAAAAGAAGGAAGGAGAAGAAAGAGAAGAAAGCGACCGAGCUUUCGCGAAUAACAACGUUACGGGAGGGGGCGGAGCGGGGGAGGCGAACUUCGGCAACGGUGUUCCGUCGGCCAGCAGCCACCGCACGGCAACUUCUAAACAGGGCGGGCACGAGACAAAGGGUAAAAGGGCGCCGCUUCAAAGCUACGGAGACGAACGGAUGCGACGCGACGCACGCCACGCCACGUCGUUCGCGAAUCGAUAGGGAGCGAUGCCUACUUUUACCGAUGUUGUCCGGGGAAAAGACACGGGAACGGUGGCGAUGGGCGGACGCCCCGACAGUUUGAUACGGUUUACGGUAAACACAUUUCGGUAGCAAUCACAUCACGGGCCGAGCAAGCCUCGCUGCAACGAGAAGUAGGUGAUGCUUUGGUGGUCGGAGGAAGCGAGCGGGGGUGGUGGUCGGUGAAGAGGCUCUUAGCGAACCCUUUGUUGCUCCUGCCGCCACUAUUGCUUCGCCCGAUAUACACCCGCCCGCCCUCCUUCCCCCCCUCGCCCCUGGCCGACCCCUUCGCCAGGCCCCUCUGAGCGCAGCGGAGGCUCCGCUCUUGACCAAAGGCCUCUGAUUUACUUAGCCUAUCAAGUGCUCUUGGACUCGUCCACCAAGAAUAGCGCAUAUACGGGCCCGAUUGUGUGUGCCUCCUGCACCGAAAUUUCGAACUUAAUGCUCCACUUACUGUCCGCCCUGCCUGCCUGCCACCUUCCACGAGCCCCGCGACGCCGGGAUUCGAUUGCUGGACAACCGUGCAAAUAAAUUUCAACGGACAAAACGGCCAUCGGGACGCUGCUAUCGUUGCGCUUGAUUUAUUUAUUCUUCGCGACGACGUUGGCCGAUGUUUAACCCUUCCAGCGCCGGCCGAAAUUGCUGCACGGUUCCGUGCCGUUCGAAAUUGUCUACUUUCUCGAGGCUUUUGGAACUUUGGCGAUACUUUCGGGACGUUUCUUUGAAGUUUUUCUCUUUGUAAUAUUGUAAUUUAUAUUAUUUUAUUUUAUAGUAUAGUAUAUUAUAUAGUA